GUCACGUGACCCCGCCUUCCGCUUUACCGCAGAUUUCCGGCAUCUGCGGAUUUGUUUUCGAGGCUCCGCCCCUGAACUGAUGACGUGGUAAACAUAGUGCGCAUGCUCACUGUUACCUGAUGGGCGGCGGUUUCCUUUCCGAUCUGCGGCGGAGAAUCUCCGGGACUGGAACUGGGAGCGGGCCCUCGCCCCCUGGGGCGGGGAGCCGGGACAAAGCUCACGCUGCCUGCAGGGCGACGAGAGCAAGUUACCAUCGAACCCAGAACUCAGCCUGGCUGGGACUCGCUGGACACAGUAUCUGGAUCCUCGGUACCAGAACACCAGAACCUGAUACGUGCCACAAAAUGGCUGAAGGAGCGGGCAGGGGAGGCGUUCCAGUGAGCGCAACAGGAAAGUCCACGGGUCCGGACCCUGAGAUCACCGAGCUCCUGGCAGAUUGGGACGAUAUCAAACUGCUGCAGUUAACGGACUUCUACCGGGACAGGCUGCAACAGGCUAUGGAAGGAGGGGUGCACGGAGUCAGCUCGGCGUUAACGUACGAGAAUCUGUUCAGUGGUCGGGAACAUCGGAAAGUUACUGAGCUCGCUGACAAGGGAGAGAGAGGGGACAGUUCCAAACUCCUCCUGAACCUGGUGACAGAGAAAGGUUCCCGAGCCCGGAGGGUGAUGUGGGAAACCUUCGUAAAAAUGCGGAAUGGGGUCCCGAAGUUGGACAAAAUACUGAAAGAAAUACAGGAAUAUGGUUGUGUUCCAUACGAUCGAGCAAACAUCGCUCAAGGUUUACCAGGAGUGCUCAGUGAACUGAAAGAUGUUCAGCAGAAACACAAGGAGACUCUGCGGGCACAAACCGAAACACUGAGAGUGAACACGAUCCUGAUGAGGGAGAAGGUGAAGGUUUUCCAGCUGGUUGAUCGAUACGCUGAGCUCACGGUCAUUUAUACUGUUCGAGAUCGGAGACUUGUGGAACAUGAGCUGCUGGCAAGAGGCCGGGACCAUGAGGAGUGGAGAGAGAAGUAUCUCCGGAGAGAGCUGGAAAAAAUACGAACUGAUCAGUUGUUCCAAAGCAGCUUUUCCCGGAGUAAAUCCAAAUCUGGGAGUUCGGCAGCAGUAGCCGGAGUCCCAGGAAUCGGGAAAACAACUAUGGUGCAAAAGAUUGUUUAUGACUGGGCCACGGGGAAAAUAUACCAACACUUCCAGUUUGUCUUCAGUUUCAAAUUCCGGAAUUUAAACUCCAUUAACUGCAGAAUAAACCUGAGGGAACUGGUUCUAGAUCAGUAUCCUUACUUUGCGAACAUCCUGGCAGAGAUCUGGAAGAACCCAGAGGGAUUGCUGUUUAUAUUCGAUGGUUUGGAUGAAUUCAAGCACACAAUCGAUUUUGCUGACAGUCAGAGAGACACAGAACCUCAGCACAUGUGCCCAGAUCCCGAGUGGCGGUGUGAAGUGUCUGACAUUGUGUACAGUUUAAUCCAGCACAAGCUGCUCUCAGGGUGUUCUGUGCUGGUGACCACCCGUCCCAUUGCGUUACAUUUAUUGGAACAGGCGGAGAUCAGUGUCUGGGCUGAAAUCCUCGGAUUUGUUGGUGAGGAACGGAAGGAAUAUUUCGACAGGUUUUUUGAAGAUCAGACGGUGGCAGCAGCUGUUUUCAAACACGUGGUGGAGAACGAGAUCCUGUACACCAUGAGCUACAACCCCUCCUACUGCUGGAUCCUUGGCCUGGCACUGGGCCCCUUCUUCACACAAAGACACAGGGAGCCGCAGCGAGUUCCCAAGACCAUCACCCAGCUAUACUCCUACUAUAUCUACAACAUCCUGAAAAACCACGGUCGUGACAUUGAAAGCCCCCGUGAUGUGUUACUGAGGGUCGGUCAGAUGGCCUUCACAGGAGUGUCCGAUAAGAAGGUUGUGUUUACAGAUGGAGAUUUGAUCAAGUGCAAUCUGCAGCCUUCCCAGUUCUUAUCCGGGUUGCUGAUGGAACUUUUGGAGAGAGAGGAUUCUGCCCGGAGCGUGGUGUACACAUUCCCACACCUCACCAUCCAAGAGUUUGUAGCCGCACUCGCACAAUUCCUGACUCCGCAUCAUGGGGAUAUCCUGAAAGUCCUCACUGAAGCCCAAAGCACGACAGAUGGGCGGUUUGAGGUAUUUCUCCGUUUUGUUACUGGUCUCUCCUCCCCAGGGUCAGCUCGGGGGCUGGAGGAGUUUCUCGGUCCAUUUCCCCAUCAAACAACCUGCCGAGUGAUUGACUGGGUGAAGGAGGAGGUGAAACGUCAGAGUGGAAAGAGGUGGGGUGAAGCUGGUGAAAGGAGCCUCCUGAACAUAUUGCACUACCUGUUUGAGUCUCAGAACCCUGGACUGGCUCAGGCCGCACUGGGAUCUGCGGAAACACUUUCAUUCCAUGGAUUGAGACUGACACCGAUUGACUCCACCGUCCUGUCUCAUGUAAUUGAGCUCUGUGAUACAAUUAAACACCUUGAUCUGGGGGGCUGCCACAUUCAGUGUGAAGGGCUCCAGCGGCUAGGACCCGGGCUGCACAAGUGCCAGGAGUUGGGACUUGGGGAGAAUGACCUGGGAGAUUCGGGAGUUAAACUUGUGUCUGCGGCUCUGAGGGACCCGGAUUGUAAAAUACAGAAACUGCGGCUGUGCAAGAAUCGCCUCACAGAUUCUGGUGCCGAAGGCCUCGUCUCCGUUCUCAGGAUAAACCGCUCACUGAAGGAGCUUGACCUGAGUGGUAAUGAACUGGGAGAUUCGGGAGUGAAACUGGUGUCUGCGGCUCUGAGGGACCCGGAGUGUAAAAUACAUAGGCUGGGGCUGUGGGAUGUCGGUCUCACGGAUUCUGGUGUCGAGGAUCUCGUGUCCGCUCUCUGUUCAAACCGCUCACUGACGGAGUUGGUCCUGGCAUCAAACUCCCUCACAGACCGAUCUGUCCCCGCUCUCCGCCGCCUCAUCCUGACCCUCCCGAGUCUGGAGCGGAUCACGCUGUGGGGAAAUCAGUUCAGUCCGUCCGGGAAAAAGGAUUUCAAGUCGCUAGAGGAACCCAGACCCGGACUGAGGGUGGUCCUGUAAACGUCCCAAUGUGCAGACAUCUCCGCCCGCGGGAUGGGAAUAUGUUUUGGCCGGUUUACUGCCCUCCCCUUUAACGCACGCGCGCUCCCGGUAUGUCCAACGGCCGCAACGGUCCCCAGAUGGAGCAGAGAGCGAGCCCCCUCCCGCUCUGACGUCAGGGGGAAUCCCGCUGACACGCGUCCCGACCGCUGCCUCGGAUAUCAGGGGCUGGAUGCCCCCAAGUGGGGCCUUGGGUGAUUGCACAGACAGGAAGAUCCCAGGACAAAAUGGGACACCAGUAAUGGCAUUCAGUGUCCGGGGUGGUGCUCGGGCCGGGCAACAGGUAAUGGGAUUCAGUGUCCCGGGGUGCGGCUCAGUCUAGGACACCAGUAAUGGCAUUCAGUGUCCGAGGUAGGGCUCGGCCUGGAACACCAGUGAUAGCAUUCAGUGUCCCUGGUGGGCCUUAGUCUGGGAGACCAGUGAUGCCAGUCAGUGAGCCGGAGAGAAAUUAGCCGGGGUGGGAACCUUCUUGACCACGUUGUUGAGGGGGUAGGGGUGGAAUUUUUCCUCCAUUCAACAGCCUGUGUUUCGAAUGGUGAUAAUUUGUGAAAUAUCUCAAUGGUUGACCUUGGACCUGCAGCGUCUCGGACUCGGCUCUGAUUUAUAAUCAGCAGGCUAUGAAUUUGUGAGAAGAUUGAGAACGUCCUGCAAACACUUUCUGAUGCGGAAUGACAUUGAUUAACGAGAAUGAUUAUUCAAGCUGCCACUCAUUGUCGCUUAUCUGUUAAUUGUGCGCGAAUGGCACUGAACUGCAAGCAGCUUAUCUCACCCGCACGUCAGAAAGUUACCCAGUGUUUAAUUUACAAUCGGCAUGGUAAACUCAAUAAAACGUUGUCAGUUCAUUUGUGA